AUGGCAGCGCAACUCGACCCCACCGCUGUCAAUAUCAUCGGCGCCAUGGACGAGCAGUCGGCGGCGCUGGUCCUGCAGCUGCAGCUCGAAGACAUCGCCACCAUCUUCGCCACGGCCAAGGGAAAGGGGCGGGCGGACGACAGCACGGCCGACGAUGCCGCCUACGCGCUACGAUUACACCAGCAGGACCUCGAGGCCAGCAUGGUUAUCUUGGAAGACCGCAAGAUGUGCCAGAGCAUCGCCCGCGCGGUGCAGGACGACCAACACAUACUCGCCCGCGAGGCUGAGGCCGAGGCUGUCGCGGUCAGGGACCGCAGGCUUGCGCACCAGAUGGAUGGCCAGCCGAAUGCUGCUGCCACUGCUGCUGGGUCCGCUGGUGGCAUUGGGUUCCCUGGCUUCCGCCCCAGCGGAGAGGGAGAGGAGGAAAUGUCGGAUCGUGCCAUCGCUGAUUGCGAGAACCUGGCCAAAUUGACAGCUCUAUACAUGUCCGAGGCCGAUGGAGCUGCCAUGCUGUCUUCGGGUCUAUUCUUCGACGACGACGAUGAACCCAAGGGCGAGUCUUCAUCCCGCGCAGCCAAGCGCCAGCGCACCGCAGCAGCCAUCGAGCGCCGCUGCGAAGCCUGCCGGGACGACAAGAAGUUCUUCGACGUGGCGACGGUGCCGCACUGCCGCCACGACUACUGCCGCGACUGCCUGGACCAGCUCUUCCGCCUGUCCAUGACGGACGAGAGCCUGUUCCCUCCGCGCUGCUGCCGGCAGCCCAUCUCGCUCGACGACGUGCGCAUGUUCCUCUCGACGGAGACGGCGCGCGAGUUCCAGCGCAAGAAGCCGGAGCUGGAGACGCCGAAUAAGACGUACUGCCACGUCCAGAGCUGCUCCGCUUGGAUUCCGCCGCAGAGCAUCACGGACGAGGUCGGCGUUUGCCCCCGGUGCCGUCUCCAGACUUGCACGAUAUGCAAGGGCAGCACGCAUGUUGGAGACUGUCCCUGGGAUGAGGCGACGCAGCAAUUGCUGCAAACGGCCGACGGCAGUGGGUGGCAGCGGUGUUAUAAAUGCCGUCGCGUGGUUGAACUGCACACGGGCUGCAACCACAUAACCCAAACAGCUGCCGUUGCGGUGCCCAAUUCUGUUACAUCUGCGGUAAUCGAUGGAAGACUUGCAGCUGCGAACUAUGGGACGAAGCCAGGCUCGUCGGACGAGCUGUUCAGAUCCAGCAACGCCGGCGUCCCCUCGCUGCGCCUGCUCCUCCUCUUCCUCCUCCUAUCAAUCAUCCACCUCUUCCUCAACCACGGGCACAGCAACGCGUAG